AUGUCAGACCUGUUGAGCAAGCUGACCGAUCAGCUUUCAAACCAAAAGAAGCCACAAGGCGGACAACAAUCCUCAUCUCCGGGCAUCUUGCAUAAAAUUAAUGAUGCCGUGACGGGCCAGAAGCACCCCCAGGAUUAUCAGACUCAGACAAAUACAAACUUUUCCGGUCCUGGAUCCGGUGGCAUGGGCGGUGGGGCGUAUCAGCAAGCUGGCCAUUCAGAGAGUCGGCUGAUUUCAAUCUCAUUCUAUAAGGUCAAAGUGGAGGUCCGAGCCAACAUGGCAAAAUGGGAGGUUAUGGCGGAAACGGUGCUGGCCAUCAGAAUUAUGGAAACCAAGGACAUGGGCAAAAUCAAGGACAUGGUGGUUAUGGACAGGAAGAGCGCGGUGGUUACAGAGGACAAGAAGGCCACGGUGGCUACAGAGGACAAGAAGGUCAUGAUGGUUACGAACAAGAAGGCCAUGGUGGUUAUAGAGGACAAGAAGGCCACGGUGGUUACAGAGGACAAGAAGGCCAUGGUGGUUAUGGACCACAAGGACAUGGUGGCUACAGAGGAUAAUGAAGACGCGGAAGCUAUAGAAAAUCGCAAAGUCAAGGUGAUGCCCAGGAGAUUCAUCCAAACAUUGUUCAUUCAAAAGAGGCAACUACUUAAGAUCGCCAGUAAGCCAUGUAGUACCAGUAUACCCUACUGCUAG